AAAAGAUCUAUUCUUUUCAUUUUCAUAUUUUGUUGAGGCUUUGUAUAUCGUAAGGAACCUUACAAAACUUCGCCUCUAGCGCCACCACGUUGUGAAAUUUAGGUAUUACAAACGAGACAAUUUAUAGUUAUAAACUUUUCACGACCAAUGUCCAGUGUGAUUUAUGACGGUCUGCUAGACAUAUAGUACAACUAUGUCCAUUACUAUGGAUAUAAAUUCUCAUUUUGUCACAGGUUUCCAAUGGACCUGCUUUGGGUACAGAUGAAUGUAAGGAAAUGUCCUCUGAGUGUAAACUGUUUUCCGAAUUUUUUUUUUGCCCUAAAAGUGUGUUUCUUUAUGGUAUUUUUGCAUGGAAGCUAAGUGGGUACACAGUGCUGUGUUUACAGCUCAACCGGAAGUCAUAAUAAACCAGACGUACUUGACGGCGGAGGUGUCGGGUGAAGGGGGGUCAUAAAUCGAGACUCCUUUACUGUAUUUGCAUACAGUAUUGCUGCAUAGCCCAAAGACAACAUGACCCAGCGGUGGGUUCUCCUUACCCGGUUGUAAAAAGGUCGGGCAAUUUGGGGGGAACAGAAGCCUUUUUUGUCGACAGGUUUUCCCGCUCGCAGUGGUCAACGUCCAGACAGCCGGCGGCAACUGUCCGUCCACCGCCGCCGAGGGGCUCUAGGGAACCAGACUGAGUUAGCGGCGUUAGCUUAGCCGAAUUAGUCUUCCGGCAAGUCAUCUUGAAGCUUUUGGUCUGCAGCCUGCUAAUAGCCGCUUAACCACUGCGGCACGGCUACUGUAUGUAGGAGGUCCAAGCAGAGCGGAAGUCUUUGCCGAGCGGAGCCAUGCGACACUGGUGUGUCCCCGCUGCGACCCGAAGCACGGAGCCACUCCCGGGGCGCCUCUCCGUGUCGCCCCCUCCAUCAGAUGUCAGAACGGAGUGCUGCGGGGUGGAGCCACGCUACACCAUCGAGCAGAUCGACCUCCUGCAGCGUCUGCGCCUCUCCGGCAUGACCAAACCCCAGAUCGUCCAUGCCUUGGAGUCUCUGGAGAGGCUCGACCCGGACCAGCGCCCGCCUCACUGUGACUCCCACCCGGCCCCUUCCAAUAACAACAACGGCAACAAUACACUCGCCACUGCCUCCGCCCCGGCGCCGUCCUCUUCGUCGUCCACCUCCUCUCUCUCCCUCACCUCGGCCACCACGCAGACCUCGGGGCUAGACGGUGCCGCGCUGUCCCCAAGCAACAGCUUUGAGGCCUCACCUCCUCCCCUGUACCCCACCAGCGUGGCUGUGCAGCGCUCGUUCAGCUACGACAUGGUCGGGGAGGAGGAGUGGGACCUGGAAGAGAAGGUGGAGGAAUACAUGAGGAGGGACAGCAACCUAGUAAAAGAGGAGAUCAAAACCUUCCUCAACAACCGACGGAUCUCUCAGGCAAUUGUGGGACAAGUUACAGGUAUUAGUCAGAGUUACAUCUCGCAGUGGUUGCUGCAGCAGGGCCUGGAGAUGAGCGACUCCAAACGCAGAGCUUUUUACCGCUGGUAUCUGCUGGAGAGAAAUAACCCAGGGCUGAGGUGGAACGAAAGCCAGCACAGCGUGAGCCCCAGGGCCAGGGGAGGGGACAGAGACGGGCUGGCGGCGGGGGCAAGUGGCUGCCUCCCCAACCCCAACACCAACCUCAACCCAAACUCCAACCCCGUGUGGAGCAGGCAGAGAGAGCUGCUGAUGCACUUGUUGCCGUGGUACACUGCCGCCGCCACCGCAGCCCAGCCAGGCGCAACUUUAUCGAUGCGGUCAAUGGUGAAGGAGGAACCUGACUGGCGGACGGGUAUCAUGGCUGACAGGCCGGCGAUAGUCGGGGCGCCCCUGAGGUUGCGUCGAGGAAGCCGCUUCACCUGGAGGAAGGAGUGCCAGUCCAUCAUGGAGAGCUUUUUUGUGGAGAACCAGUACCCCGAUGAGGCAAAGCGGGAGGAGAUCGCCAACGCCUGCAACUCGGUCAUCCAGAAACCAGGUUGCAAACUGUCUGAGUUUGAGCGUGUGACGGCAUUAAAGGUGUACAACUGGUUCGCUAACCGCCGCAAGGAGAUGAAGCGGCGAGCCAAUAUCGAAGCUGCCAUUUUGGAAAGCCACGGCAUUGAGGUCCCGAGUCCAAGCUGCCACUCCAACGGCGAAGAGGCGGAGAUGCAAGAGUUCACCGAUCAGGUCAAUCAACGUUUCUCAGAGCAGGAAGAGGCAUCCACCCAAAGAAUGGUGGAGCAACAAGACUCCUCCGUGAAGGCCGCUCCUGAGGCCCUCCCCAGCUCCGCCAUACAAGUGGCGGAACAGAAAGACAAGGAUCCAAAAAGGGAAACUGUGGAUGAAGAGUGACCAAAAAGCUGGUGAUGUCGAUUGAGUUUUAAUCUAAAUACUUAAAAAAAAAAAAAAGUGGGGGUCUACCUCCUCGGGGGCGGCUGAUGAGACAUUUGGGUUCUGAAGUUGACUCGAGGUGCCUCUGGCGGGAAAGAGGCUGCCAUAUUUAUCGAAAGUUAUUCUGCUUAUGUUAACAGCAAUAUAGUAUACAGUACAUAUAUAAAUAUAUACAUCUAUAUAUAAAUAUAAAGCUAUAUCAAGAAGUAGUGCAUUCCAAGGUGGUAUUAACAAGCCUAAAUUCCUUAGAAUUAUCUAAAGGAUACCUCACCCAUUUAAUCGUUUUGAUUGAGUAUUAUUUUUUUCCCGCCUCAUGCUUUUAUUUUAAUGCUGAAUGGUGAUGAAGUGCCUGCAGGUCAGGUCUGAGAGACGCUUUCAACGAUCUCGUCUGCAUGGAUAUGAAUGUGCCUGUUUUUUGUUUUUUUGUUUUGUUUUUUUUUCCUCUCUCUUUUCUCUGGUGCUGUCGUCCGACCUCUAAGAGUCGAUUGAUCAAAUCAUUUGGCCAAUGUUGGAAUUUGCAAAGCCCUGAGGGACACCUGGAAUCUCAGGAAAUCCAACGAUGGUGGCUCAAGAUAGUGAAGAAGUGCACCAGAUGUGCGCGUGCGUGUGCGUGUGUGUGUGUGGGAGUGUGCGUGUGUGUGUGUAAGCUUCAAGAGAUUUUCUUGCAUCAUAUCCGCGCUCACUCCAAACAGGAUGUUCUAUUUAUACCUUUUUUUUUAUUAGUAGAACAAAGCGAGGACUAUCCAUCAUGUCUUUGUUCAACUCGAUGCUGCUCUCGUUGCUCUUUUUUUCCCCCUCAUCUAACCUCAUUUUCCAAGCCUGUAAAGCUUCUCUCCACCAAAACAAACGUCGGUGUGAUUGAAAAUCACAACGCCGUCUUCUUCCCUCCUUAUUGGAAUAAGCUAAAAGCUUUUGCUCGCGUACUGCACUUCAAAAGUGGAUCUCACUCUAAUCGUAAUCAUCACACUUGUGUACAUAAUAACCCAGAGAAGAUAAUCAUGUUUGUGGGUGUUUUUCUUCAAACUAACGACAUUACCAGAAAUAUACUGUAGAGUUGUCAAACUUGAAACAUAACGAGACUUCAACUGUGUCGAAGUCGCUCCCGAAAUGUUCAUCAAAUGGACAUUUGUGCUUGUAUUACCUACCGUAUUUCCUCAAAUAGUGGCCGUCCAUCUGCGUCGUCUGCUUCAAAAUGAAUUGACAAACAAAUGUCUGCCUUUUCCCACCAGGAGGGGAAAAAAAAAAAACGGGUCAUAACUGCAAAUACCUCAGAUCUUACACAGACAUGAAAGAGUUCACGCUUUCGCUCCCCAAAACAGCAGCAUCUACCAGGGGAAACAGUCUCUCAGCUCAAGAAGGAAAUUUGGGGUGACUUUAACAUAUUUCCUCAAAUAGUGGCCGUCCAUCAAAUAAAUUGUGCCCAAUUACUCACCGUGGCAUCAUCCACAAAUAAAUGCUCGCCUCAAAUCGGUGCCCUCGUUUUCCCAUUCGGAAAAAUAAAUGGGUGGUAACUGUUCUUACCUCAGUUCACGGAUGCUGUUGUUCACACAUGCACAAAAGAGUUCCCAGCUGAACACAUUUGGACAAGCGUUAUUAACCAAAAUGAUCACACCUACCAAGGCGUGUCAACAUGACAGCUGAAAGAAAUUUACGACAACACGUUACCGUCUUUCUGUGCUCUAUCCACCGUUGCGUUGUCAAAUCAACACCUCUGUCAAAUAAGACACCUGUAAUUACCUCAGUUCACAGAUGCUAUUGUUCACAUUAGCCAACUGCUGAGCCAAUUCCAAGUCUGUUGCCAACCAAAACAGCAGCACCAAGCCAGGAACGUAAAUACUCCCUCACGUGAGUAGCUUUGCGUCUGGCCAAGUUCCCUUGGCAGUAUUAAAGAGCUGGUCGCACCACAGCGUUGCGCAUCCCGAUGUUCCAGGAAGCUACAGACAGGACUUGACCGCUUUUUGUCUAGCUUGAUAAUAAUCAUACGACCAAAAUAUCGAUGGGUAUAAUUCCAAAAAAUGUGUACAACUACAGGCCUCACCCGCAUCUGCAGUUGAGUCGCCACUAUUUGCGGAACUACAGCUCAUGUUUCUGAAAUCGCGUUAGCUCGCGAUGCCAAAGCCGGUCCAGGUGGUGUCGAGUACAACACCAGCCAACGUUCUUUCAAAGGAAUCCAUGCGCUACAAGCCAAUGGCAGCCAUUGUUGUGACCGUUCACGAUACGGUGUCUUGUAGCAUUCCUUGUCAGUGGGGGGAGUGGGGGGGGUUGGUCCGUCCUCCAAAGGCAAACCUCCAAAACGGAAUAUUCUAAUACUUAUUAUGCUCCUUGCUAUCUGCUUUGAUCUGACAGCAAGCCACAAUAAAAAGUAUUGUUAACGAUGGC